CUUGGGCAGAAGGUCUCCAAAACGGAAGCAAGAACCAUGUCUUUGACUGAGGAGCAGUACUUGCAGAUGACUCCUUAUUGGUGCCUCGGGCAUCAAGAGUGCUGGCGACAGAUGGUGCACAAGUGGUGCUCGGACGAGUGGGAGGAGUCGCACCACGCUUGUCGGGAGCGGCGUUUGAUGAUGCCAGGUGCACCACACCAUCAAGGCAGUCGCAGCCUCAGCGGAUACGCCGAAGCAUGGUCGUCGUCACAUGGUGGCCAGCCUUGCUCCCUCUUUCAGGCAUAUGCUAUGUCCCACAAGGGCAAGGCGACGUCUGACGUCAGAUACAACCCGGAGGACGGGCCCGAGGCAUACAGCAACCCGAUGGCCCACGCCCGCCUCAGUGCGUACUCAGCGAUGGCAAGGGAUGUGCAUGGUCCAGAGUUUGAUCCGGCCACCGAGGAUCUUGAUGGAGAAGUUGUUAUGAGGGUUGGAGGAGGUAAGCAUCAUGGGCGGUAUUGGCUUGCCGACGGCGCAAUUGACUCGUCCUCUACUCCUAGUCUAUCUCAGAUUAGAGCAAGAAGCACGAGUGCGAGCCCAGUCAUACGACCUCGGCAGGACACUUCACAGUACCGCAUACAGGCACUUCAGGCCCAAUUAGAAGAAGAGAGGAGGCUACGUGUGGAGAACGAGCAGAGGAUGAGGGACAUGUUUGCCUACAUGCAGACUCUUGGCGCCGCAGCGGGUGUAUCUCCACCACCUUCGUUGUUCGCUUCACCUCUGCGGCCUUCUGCUGAGUUUUCUACUCCUAAUCAAUCGGCGGCCUCAAACUCCCCUUAUGUUUCUCCAAGUCAGCCGGGUUGGCGUCCUUCGUGAUGAUUUUUAUCACUUAUCUUAUUUCUGUGGACAUCUU